CCGGUCAUGGCUAUUUGCUACAUUAUCCCGGGACAUUCUCAUGGAGGUAUAUGAUUUAAAAUUUUCGGCACGCAUUUGGGAGUCUCUUGAAACACGAUUUAUGUCUGCUUGUUUGGCUCGGUCUAUUGAGCUUAAACGCCAGUUAUCUCAUAUUAAGAAGAAGGAGUCCCAAACGAUUGACCAAUAUUUAUUGGAAGUUAAACUGCUGGCCGAUAAUCUAAAUUCUAUUAAUUCACCCGUAAGCAACCGUGAUGUCAUUGAAUAUACCAUUAAUGGUUUGGGGCCAGAUUAUGAGUCUUUAAUCAGUAUUAUUUCCUACAUUCCGGGUAAUGCCACUAUUGAAUCCCUGCGGCCUGUUCUUCUUGCCCAAGAGCAAAGGAAUCAGUUUCUACGUUCUCAAGACCCAGCUCCAGCCCAUCAGGCCUUUGCGGCUGCUCCAGCAGUCCCAGCGGGUCAGAAUCGCGGGGGUGCAGCACCUGCUGCUCGUGGGCAGGGAGGCCGAGCUCCAGCAGGGCGUGGUUAUCGCGGUGGCCGUGGCCGCGGGCAGCGUGGCAGGGGCCGCGGGUAUGGUGUUCAGUUUCAACAACAGCAACCAGCAUAUGGGCAUCAGCAGGCUCCUCUUCUGCCGUUACCAAACAUUGGUCAGUACGGACCUCUUCGGGGACAGGCUCCAGCUGGUAAUCCAGGUUCGGUGUUAUGUAAUCUUAAGUCUGGUUAUUCGUACUUAAAUCACAUCUAUACUUGUGGUACUAAUAAUGUCAGUGCAGGUUUUCCAUCUGGGGAUAAUAGUCAUUUUCCACAACCUCCAGUUAUCUGCCAAAUAUGUUUCUCACCAGGUCAUUCUACACUCACAUGUCCCCGAUUUGUUGGUUCAUCUGCACCGGCCCUCGCUGCUCUUCCUUCUGGUGAAUCAAAUUCAGUCGUGUGGUACCCAGAUUCUGGGGCGUCAGCUCACAUGACCCCUCAUGAAGGACAAUCAGACGGGGGCGCAUCUUCUUCAGGCUUCCAAUAAAGACCAUCUCUACCCAUUCCAUGCCUUUCGAGCCACUCUCACUCCUGGACCUACUUGGCACAAACGUUUGGGACACUGUGGUGAUAAAGUUUUACAAUGUCUUCGGCAAAAUAAUUUUAUUUCUAUUUCUAGUAAUUUUAGUCACAAUUGUGUUUCUUGUAAGUUGGGUAAAUCCCACAGACUUCCGUUUCAUGAUGUUGUUCACUCUUGCACUGCACCUUUGCAACUUAUUCAUUCAGAUGUUUGGCAAUCGCCAGUUCUUUCAAAUCUAGGUUUUAAAUAUUAUGUUUGUUUUAUUGAUGAUUUUUCACGCUACACUUGGAUUUAUCCUAUGCGUCGUAAGUCUGAGGUUUUUAUUCACUUCUGUAAUUUUCAAGUUCUUGUUGAAAAUCUUUUUGAUAGGAAGAUCAAAGUUUUUCAGAGUGAUGGUGGUGGCGAGUUUGAUAAUGCUGUCUUCAAUAAUCGUUUUUUGAAAUCUGGAAUUUUAUUUCGAAAAUCUUGUCCCGAUACUCCAGCCCAAAAUGGAGUUGCUGAACGUAAGCAUAGGCAUUUACUGGAGUUAACUAGGACCAUGUUAAUAGAGGCGUCUAUACCGCCUACUUUUUGGGUUGAUGCGCUAUAUACCGCCACUUACAUUAUUAAUCGUCUACCAACACCACUCUUGAAUAAUAAAACUCCUUUUGAAAAGCUUUUUAACAAACCUCCAGA